CCGUACGCAAGGAAGUGGCGUUGUUUGAGCGACUGGGCUGUCUGUGUUGUCUCGUGGGUAACGUUAGAUCCAAAGAAUUAUUUUUUAUGCUCAGCACCGUUUGAUUGCUUCUUAAAACAUCUGACGGAAUACUUAGGUCGCACUAGUUGCAUCAUCUCGGAAUAUAUCGGAAUGGCUGCGGAGGUGAAUGGCAGCUCCGCUCCUGCAAAGGAGGAGGAGGAGCCCAUGGAUGUCUCCAUGACCCACACGGAACAUUACCAGACGCUGUUGGACGCUGGGCUUCCUCAAAAGGUGGCUGAGAGCCUGGACAACAUCUUCCAGACAGGUCUUGUGUCAUACACCGACCUGGACGAGCGAGCCAUUGAUGCCCUCCGGGAGUUCAAUGAGGAGGGGGCGCUCUCGGUGCUGCAGCAGUUUAAAGAGAGCGAUCUGUCCCACGUGCAGAACAAGAGUGCUUUCCUCUGUGGCGUCAUGAAAACGUAUAGACAGAGGGAAAAGCAGGGAAGCAAAAUCCAAGAAUCCACAAAGGGACCAGACGAAGCCAAGAUCAAGGCUCUCCUGGAGAGGACGGGAUACACUCUGGACGUCACUACAGGACAGAGGAAGUACGGGGGGCCUCCUCCUGAGGAGGUGUUCUCUGGGGCACAGCCUGGAGUCGGGACAGAGGUGUUUGUGGGGAAGAUCCCCAGGGACCUGUACGAGGAUGAGCUGGUCCCUCUCUUCGAGAAGGCUGGGCCCAUCUGGGACCUGAGGCUAAUGAUGGAACCGCUCACCGGCCAGAACCGCGGCUACGCCUUCAUCACGUUCUGUAGCAAAAGUGCCGCGCAGGAGGCUGUCAAACUUUGUGACAACUAUGAGAUCCGGUCAGGAAAGUACCUUGGUGUUUGCAUUUCCGUGGCAAACAACCGCCUGUUUGUGGGGUCGAUACCAAAGAACAAGACCAGGGAAAGCAUCCUGGAGGACUUCGGCAAAGUCACAGAGGGGCUCCAGGAGGUGAUCCUCUACACCCAGCCAGAUGACAAGAAGAAGAACCGCGGCUUCUGCUUCCUGGAGUACGAGGACCACAAGUCGGCCGCACAGGCUCGCCGCCGCCUCAUGAGCGGCAAGGUCAAGGUCUGGGGCAACCCUGUCACUGUGGAGUGGGCCGACCCCGUCGCCGAACCUGACCCCGAGGUCAUGGCCAAGGUGAAGGUGCUCUUUGUGCGGAAGCUGGCCACCGCAGUGACUGAGGAACUGCUGGAGAAGACCUUCUCUCAGUUCGGCAAGCUGGAGCGGGUCAAAAAACUCAAAGAUUACGCCUUCGUCCACUUUGAGGAGCGCGAUGCUGCUGUCAAGGCGAUGGAUGAGAUGAACGGUAAAGAGCUGGGUGGGGAAGAGAUCGAGAUCGUGCUGGCCAAGCCCCCAGACAAAAAGAGGAAAGAACGCCAGGCACAGAGACAGACCACCAGAACCACAGGGUAUGACGACUACUACUACUACCCUCCACCCCGCAUGCCGCCUCCGGGGCGUGGCAGGGGCCGUGGGGGGCGGGGAGGCUACGCCUAUCCCCCGGACUACUACCCCUACGAAGAUUACUACGAUGACUACUACGGUUAUGACUAUCAUGACUAUCGCGGCGGUUACGACGACCCUUACUACGGUUACGACGACGGCUACACCAUGCGGGCCAGGGGGAGCCGCACCAGCCGAGGCGGGCCGCCCCCUCCCAGGGCCCGUGGAGCACCGCCCGCCCGCGGCAGGGGUGGCUAUGCACCCCGAGGAGCGCCCAUGGGCGCCCCCAGAGGCGGUCGCGGGGGGCGUGGGGGGCCCUUCCCACCCCAGAGGGGAGGGCGUGGCACUCGGGGCGCCCGGGGCAACCGCGGGGGCAACGUGGGCGGCAAGAGGAAGGCGGACGUCUUCAACCAGCCCGACUCCAAGCGCCGCCAGACCACCAACCAGCAGAACUGGGGGUCGCAGCCCAUCGCCCAGCAGCCCCUGCAGCAAGGGGGCGACUACUCUGGUAACUAUGGUUACAGUAAUGAUAACCUGGAGUUUUCCCAGGAUUCUUAUGGGCAGCAGUGGAAGUAAGACACCACUAAAAUGGUGUUUGGGCAGCAGCAACAUCACAAGACACACAUUAAUGUGCACACACACACACACACACACACACACACACACACACACACCUAUAUACAGUCUUUCACACACAAACAAAAAACACGUCGACAUCUCACUCAACAAGAGAAUUGGCAGCAGUGUUCGAUUGACUUUUUAUCUUUCAUCCCUCCCUAAAUAUCUCAAACUCUAAAACGGACAGAUUGCGGAAUUGGCCCCUCUGGUCCUGAUUGGCUGGAAGUCCAUUUUGGCUGAAGAAUGUAAUUUUUUUUUUUCUCCCCCAUAUUAAUUGUAUUUACCCUCCAUUUAAGUUUGAACUCUCAUGGUAUCAUGGGAACUCUUUCUCUUAAAGAUGGGCAAAACUUUUAUUCUGUUUUUGUUUCCUUUACCUUUUUUUUUUUUUUUUUUUAAAAGAAAAACCAACAGUGAAUUUUUAGAAGUGGACAUUGUUUUUUUUUUUUUCACCAAAAGUCUGAGAGGACAUUAAAAUCAUGAAAUGGCCUUGCAGGAAGCUCAUGUCAGCCCCUCCCCCAAUCUCCUCGUUCCCCCCAUCUCCAUCUCUUUCUCCAACAAUCCCCCUCUUCUCAUUUCUACUAGUGGCAUAGGGACUUCGCUUGUAUAUAAUGGCUUAAGGCUAGAGCUUCAUUUUCAACCGUUUAUUUUUUCAUUAUUUGCCGAGGUGGAGAAAAGAAUCCACGGGAAGGAAAAAAAGGUUUUUGUAGCAGGAAGUUAAACGUGUAUGUCUAGCGUUUCUAGAAGUAGUUCAAUUGUGUUUUUUAAAACUGAUAUUACUAUAAUAAUUAUUACUUCAAACAUUUUUCUUUCUUGAAAAUGCUCGUGAGGAUUUGGUUUGGCUCACCUUAAGAGCCACCCCAGUUUGUUCUCUGAUGUUUGUAUUUAUAACGUUUUUUUGUUUGUUCCGUUUCAAUAAAACUCAAAUCGAGCAUCA